AUGAAUUUAAGUUGGAUUCACCAUUAUCUUUCACGAAUCCUGGUUGAUAGAGAUGUCUGUGGGGUUCUCAUUACUUUACCAAAAGCCCCCUUUCCUAAUUUUUGCCAAGUUCUCAAGAGUUGUAAGAAGAACGGCAUUAUGAUCCCGGCUCUAUGGAGCGGUGAUUACCGAAGCUUCAUCAACUUUCUAUACCCGCUUUCGCUGAAUACCGAGCUCAAUCAUGUGAAUUUCAAUGGUUUCAAAGAUAUUUUCCAAACCUCUAAAAGCAGGACGAAGAACGGCAUUAUGAUCCCUCUUUCCAUAGAAAAGGGGUUACCGAAGCUUCUCCAAGCUUUUAUGUUCGCCUCUAUGUUCUCAGAACUCAGUCGAGGGUUAAUCUUCCGGGUGUAUAAUGUAAAUCGAGAAUAUCUUCAGGAAGAACCCAAGCCUUUUUCCCAUGCUUUAAAGCAAACCUCUCCUGGAAUGUCUCCGCCUUCCUCUAUGGUGGAGCGUUUUAUUGAAAGCUCCAAUGCGCUAUUCGUACGAGCUGUUUGUGACCACGAGUUGGUCUUGGAUAUCCUGAAGUUUGUCUUCAAUGUGGAAUUCAUCAUGGUCUUGAUUAGAGUUAUUCAUUUGGUUGCAAGCUUUUCAAACUUUUGGAGCUUUCCCUCGGAUAAAUCUUUAAGCCUUUAUCUUUAUCUCUUUGUUUAUGUCUUUUGUAUUUCAUCAGCUCAUGCUUUGUAUGAACUCCCCUCUGCUGAGGUUUAA